GUUUGUGUACACUGCAUGGAAACUUGAGAUGUUUGGCUCAAGAGCUGCACUAGCUAGGUACCGAGCUGGCUAACGAUAGUCUGCUAAUAGUGCCCACUAUCCUGGUAGCUAGAUGUUCAAACUCAUGAUCUGUCCACAUAUCAAUGCUAGGGACAGCAAACGUACAAAUAUGCGUCUGGUUAAUGUUUGAAAUCGGGCUGUAUGUGUUUCGAGUGCCAUCAUUGUCGUUCCGUGAAGCAUUCUUGGAUUUGAAAACGCAAACUACUCGGGUCACAUAGCGUCCAUCCUGCAACUCAAGUCACCACAGUACCAACCGGUUGCCAUUGCAGUUGGUAAUCGGCGGCGUAUGGGGCUUUUUCAGACAGCUAGCGGUAGGGGCGUUAGCUAGCCCCCAACUAAUCCCGACGAGGCUAGGUGCCUCCUGCCCGACGGUCAACUCGUUUCCGGAGAAGCCAUGGACCCUGAGAGACAGAAACGAAGGGAGGAGAUUCAGAAAGCGAUGGGCUUCAUACAGUCUUCACUGCCCUUUCCUGAACCAGAAAGCUACGAGGCAUUUCUGACCCAGCUGGUGUGCAACUUGCUGGAUGAGGGCAACACAGUGUUCCGGGACAGCGAGUGGAACCAGGCGGUCCAGCACUACGGGGAGGGCAUCAGUGUAGCGCGGUACGCCCAGGCCGAGGCGCUGGUCAUCCCCCCCGAGCUGCUGGAGAGCCUCUACGUCAACCGGGCCUCCGCACAUUACCACAUGAGGGACUAUGAGCGGGGCGUGCAGGACUGCGACGGCGCGCUGUGCGCGUGUGAGGGAAGCCGCCGCACCCUGUACCGUAAGGCCCUGUGUCUGAGAGAGCUCGGGCGGCUCCGAGAGGCCUACGAGUGCGGCACCAAGUGCCUUCUCACCGCCCCGCACGACCGGCAGGUGAGCGAGCUGGCCCAGGAGUUGGCCAGCAAGCUGGGCCUGAAGGGCCGCAAGGCCUACAUCAGCUCCCAGGGAGAUUCCCCCCCUCCGGGAGGGGAGGGCCAUGGGGAGGGCGCCCCGCCCACAGGAGAGACGUCCUCUAAUGGCCUUGAGUCUUUGACGGACAUGGGACCUGAGGAUCUGUCCAGCGCACAGUGCAUCCCGGCCCCGCUGGCCACGCCCAUCCCGGUCAGCGACGACCCGGCGACCCCCGAGGAGGCGCCGUGUGCCGACCUAUCAGAGAGCCCCAGCAGCCAGGGCCUGCCCCCCAUGCCGUACUCGGUGCCCGUGUCGGAGCACAUGGACGAGUGCAGCAACAGCAGCGUCAUCAACGACGAUAUGGAGGGCCUGCUGGACUGCAUCCCCAAGAAGAUCAGCGAGAGCCCGGUACAGGGCGCCAUCCCCACCAACCUCCCCAACACGGCGGUGGCCCUGCGGCCGCCCUACUCCCCGGGCCUGCCCGCCCCGUCCCCGCAGCUGCCCCCGGCCUACUUCACCUCCUCCGUCAGCCAGGUGUCGUCCCAGGAGCCCUACCCGCCGCUGGCCCAGCGGGACCAGGGCUCCACCCACGCGCAGGACGCCCUGGGGGGGGGCUACUCCCCGGGGGACGCGGACCCGGCCGGGGGCCUGGACUCCCUGUCGGAGUACACUCUGCCCGGCGGACGCUUAUCACACAGUUUCAUCCCUGGGAUCCGCAACCAUAAUGCUGCACAUAUGAACGGCCAAGGUGGCACCAACCUCUCCAUGCUCUCCCGAAACCCGCUGGCCGCCACCCACGAGUUCCGCCAGGCCUGCCACGCCUGCUACAGCCGCAUAGGUCCGCGUGUGAUGGACUACCAGUACCAGCCCGAGGCGGCCCACCGCUGCAAGAGGGACGUCCUGCUGUGCCGUCUGAAGAACGGCGACGACCCCACCUGGAAGAGGGUCCGCCCCCGGCCCGCGCGGAAUAACUUCCUGGGGGCGUUUGUCCUUUGUAAAGAGGUACAGGAGCGGCAGGAGUGCCAGUACGGGGAGAACUGCACGUUUGCGUACUGCCAGGAGGAGAUCGACGUGUGGACCCAGGAGAGGAAAGGCGCCCUGAGCCGCGAGCUGCUGUUCGACCCGCUGGGCAGCACGGAGCGGCGGGCGCUCAGCGUGACCCGCCUGCUGCAGCUCCACAUGGGCAUGUUCAUGUUCCUCUGUGAGGAAUGUUUUGACAGCAAGCCUCGGAUAAUCAGCAAGCGCAGCAAGGAGAAUCUGGCAGUCUGCUCCAACCUCACGGCCAGACACCCGUUCGACGACAAUAAGUGCCUGGUGCACGUGGUGCGGUCGGCCAACGUGCGCUACAGCAAGGUGCGCCCGCUGCACCCGCUGUGCCAGUUCGACGUGUGCCGCCACGAGGUGCGCUACGGCUGCCAGCGCGAGGACAGCUGCUCCUUCGCCCACUCCGUCAUCGAGCUCAAGUGCUGGGUGCUGCAGCAGGACACGGGCAUCACCCAUGAAGAGAUGGUGCAGGAGUCCAAGAGACACUGGCACCGGCUGGAGCAGAACGCCCAGAAGCAGCAGAAGCCCAUGCACAUCCCUCACCACGGCAACCACAUGGGCUCGGGUGGAGGAGGUGGGAUGGGGGGAGGCGGCUGCGGCGGGGGAGACUGCAUGGGGGGCGGCGUGAGCUCCAUGGGUGGGAUGGGGGGCGUGUCCGGAAUUGGGGCUGGUCCCGGCAGAGGGCGGGGUCUAAACCUGAAGAUGAAGUUUGUGUGUGGCCAGUGCUGGAGAGACGGACAGGUCAACGAGCCAGACAAGAACCUCAAGUACUGCACGGCCAAAGCGCGGCACAGCUGGACUAAGGAGCGCCGGGUCCUGCUGGUCAAAUCCUUUGAGAAGAAGAAAUGGGUUGUGGUCCGGCCGUUGCCCUUCUCCCGCACCUACCCACAGCAGUACGACAUGUGUGUCCAUGUGAUGAAGCAGAAGAAGUGCCAUUAUAUUGGAAACUGCUCGUUCGCCCACAGUCUGGAGGAGAGGGAUGUGUGGACGUACAUGAAGAACAACAGCUUGAGGGACAUGCAGCAGAUGUACGACAUGUGGCUGCAGCUGACCAAUCAGAGCCGGCGCACGGACGGCCCCCUCCUUACUCCACCCCCAGAGGAAAAGCAAGUCACCAUGACAGCAGAUUAUUCGGAAGGCAUGGGAGGACAGCGGCUGUCUGAGGGAGAUGACCUCUAACGGGUAGAGGGACAUGAGAAGAGGAUGAGAGAGAGAGACGAGCCUGCUGCUACACCAGCUAUUACAGAACAGACUGUAAACAAUGAUGGCGCCUCUAUUCUGAAUGGGAAAGUAAACAAAUGACCCCUCCCCAACCCCCCCCAAAAAAAAUAAUCACUCGCCGUGGAGACGUCUAGGGGCAUGCUGACCUCUUGGCGUACACACACACACACACACACACACACACGUAUACAUACAAAUGCCACAGGCACCCAUUCACAGAGAAAGCAACUUCAGGUUUAACCUGUUCUGUUUUUCAUUGUUUUCUGCCAUGCUACAGUCUUUCACACACACACAAACGUGUCAAUGACAGUCCUUGCAUGCUUUUAACACCGUGUAAAGCAGAGGCCCUAAUUUGUCAACUCAACAAUUAUUUGGUGAACACCCCCAGCUGUUCCUCAGAACAGGUCUUUUUGGCGUUGGAUUAACAAAGAUAAUCAGAAGACGGAGAGGGAAGCGCUGGCCGUUUUUGUGCUGUUGUUCCACAAUGAAUUUGAAAUCUAUAUAUUUAAGCGUCAUAGUAUUUAGCUAAAAACGGAAGGAAAGAAAAGCUAAAACUUAGGCUUACAGCUUUUCACAGCAGCCCAGCUGCUACAAACAUGCUAAGCCAUCACAAAAAAAAUAUUAUAACUCACUAAACCCCCCCCCCCCCCCCCCCCAACGCACUCCUUCUUCCUGCUGUAGCAAAUCAAAGAUUGGGCGCAAAAUGGAUUCCCGGGGUGAUGUAUUUAAUUCACUUAUUUUCUUUUGUUUGUUAUUUUGCCUUUCUUUCCAAGGGGAGUCGUACUCCCCUGUUAUCUAGUCUGCCAUAUUGGCAGAAUGCUAUGAAUGUAUCGCCUGCAAGGGCCUUUUUUUAAAGGAAUCGAGGAGAAUUCUCAUUUCCAAAAUAUAAAACAAACAACAAUGCUAUAUAAUAGUUGUUGAAUGUAUGUAGACAUACAUAAGUACAUCGACCUUAUUACAAUCUCCUCAUAUUUAUGCAUCAGUUCCCCUCUCCUACCAGACCCCCCUGGGUCCCACCCCCGACCCGGGUUGAGAGUCAUAAGCACCGCCUUCGCACGCCUCCUGAAGCCCGGGGGAGACGAUGAGCAGAAACGUCUCUCCCUGAGGACAAAAAAAAUGACAAAAGGACUCCUCUUAAACGCAAAAACCCCAGGGAACUGCUUCGACCCGAGACGUUACUUAAUUUCCGGCCAUCUUUGCAGGGGUAACGAUGAGUUCUUUAGUGGUUAUAAGGGGCAAUGGCGACAGAAAGUAAUCAGCCUUUAUUUCAAAUUUGUUUUUAAAAGGAAAGUCAGAGACCCACCCUACCCUGACACCGAUAUAUCAGACAAGAUGACACUUUAUUCAUCCUGAACGAUGUGGAUGACAGAGCUAGUACUAUAAUACGGACCAAGUCCGGGUUGUGUUCUGCUAGCUUACACCCCUGUACAUGCACUGUAAGCAUAAGUACAUGUCCUGCUAGCACCCUAUGCUAGCAGCCUAUGUGCAGUACAUGUCCUGCUAGCAUACUAUGUUCAGCACAUAUCCUGCUAGCACCCUAGGAUCAACACAAGAUGUUUUGGCAUUUGGAAUUUAUUUUCAGGAGAAGGAUUUGUCGGGCAACCAAGCGAAUAGAGAGAGAAAAUGUCUACAAAAACGAAUGUUAAAAUCUCUUAGAGAGAUUAGGACGAUUUAAAGACUAUAUAUUUUUGUAGGCUGAAUUGUACCUACGAUUAUAUGGCAGAACUAGGAGAUUGGUGCCGAUGUAAUCUGUUCAGCUGGGGCCGGUAUUUCACACAAACAAAACGUGCUUCUUUAGCCUUUUGGUCAGGUUUGUUACUGAUCAUCCCUACUAGAAAUCCCCAGGGAAGACUUUCAAAAUAAAAGUCUAAAUUCGUAGCUUGGGACAUGAAACAUAUUAGCACCAUAUAAUGUGCCUAAUAAAAACAGCACACUCACACGCACUCACACAUGUAAACACACAUGCACACCACAUGCACACCAGGAGAUAAUGGGUGAACUAUUGCCAUCUUACAUCCAAUGUGGUCCAAGAUGUCAUAAGAUAUGUCUAUACUCAAAUAUACUAUAUUACACAUUAUAUGAUACAUAUUUACUGAUAUUGUUAUACUACUAAUAAUAAUUGAUAACUUAGCAGUUAAGCUUAAUUAAAUAUAUAACCUGAGAACCUUGUAUUGAUUACAUAGAAGAGCUCUGCUAUUGCGUAUAUGACAUGUAUCGCUGAACUAGAUAAUGAUAGUGAAGUUGUUUUUUCUUUUUGUAACUUUUUCUCCUUUUUCUUUUCGCUUAUGUGAGGGUCAUUCCAGACCAUGUGUACCAGUUGGUUUCGGUGGACCGGAUUGGGCCGGCUUUUGGAUUUGUGUUGAUGAACAUCAUACCAGCCGACAGUGUAGAUUGUUCAAACAGAUUGGGUUUCAACAGGGCAGUUUGAUUUGAGUAUUUAUUUUUUUAUAGUUUUACUUGCCACCAGCUGAGGCCAAACUUACAUGAGAUCAAGCCCAGUCUUGGUGUAGGGGAUGUAGUGAUGCUCUGGAAUGACCCAGGUAUUAGCUUCUCUGAAGGAAUUCUAUUACUUCUACUUCUACUACUACUACUACUACUACUACUCCUACUCCUAGUAUUAUGAUGAAUAUGAUGAUAAUGAUUGCUAUCUAAUGACUAUUUCUAUUUCUCCUAUAUGCUAUUGAUAUACGUAUGUUAAUUGCUAUGUAUAACUCUUGAUAUGUAUUCAUGUAUGGAUAUUAAUGAUUAAUGGUAUAUAGGCACCUAAUGUAUGCAACGGCACGGCCUGGGGGAGCAGAAAAACAAAGUGAAAGCUAGUUUUAACUUCAGCUUAUUACUAUAAAAGGGCACCUGGGCACUAGAGGACAUAUACUGACUGUUACAGGAAGCCCGGCCCAGAAGUCCAAACCAUCCGUAGUAAUUAAUUUGAAAUAUGAAGGUUGGUUUCCAUGGACAUCUAAGUGAUGUAUCAAUUAAGCCCUGCCCUAGAAAUAUACUUUUUUUGCAAAAGGAACAAAACAAAGAAUUUGCAGUAUAAGCUCCAUGUCCUUUGGCUGCAGUGGUGAUGGCUCAAUGCAGCUCAUGUCUUAAAACUUAUACUUAGAGGUCUGUAUACUGCAGUUAUAGCGCCAUAUUCUAUAUAUUAUACCAAUAAGAUGAUGCAUACACCUAUUGUAUAAUCGUACUCUCCUUUAUAUAUAGAUAUAUAUGAUACCUAUAACUAUGAUUAUUCUAGAAGGACACCCUUAUGAGGUAAUUUAGAUAAAAGAUGUUGGGGAACUGUUUUUUGUUUAUUUUGUCGAGCUGUGGGCCUGUGGGUCAGUGAUGUCACUUCAUAACAUUGGCUGUGAUACUGGGGAGAAGGAGUUGGCCAACGAAAUGCACUCAACACUUUUUCAACUUCAAAUGUCUGCCUAUUAAGCAUUGAUUGCACUACCAGCAUCGCUGGGGGAGAGGGGGGGAAAUGGAACAGCUUAAUGGGGGUUCCUCACUCAAACGGAGGAGACUCGGUAUUCCCCACGACCGUGGACCACGUGUUGUCUGCAUUUGGUUGGCAAUGUUUUUCCACCCUUGCUCUGGGGGGGACCCCAGUUGAUUGGCUGAUUGGAAACCACUGCCAGGCAUAGAGAACGGCCCUAAGGCCUGUGGUCUUGCGUGUUAAUUGUACCCAAGAGAAGGGAGAGAUAUGAACAGAGAGGAGGUGGGGGAUUCGUUCUGUUUAGGGUCGCCUGCAUUACAGUCCUGCAAGGGGUAGCACCUAACUGUCUUUUGGAUUUAAGUUAUAAUGGGAUAGAUGGCCAAUCUCUUUGUUUUGUGCUGUAUGUUCGGAAAAUUACAGAUUUGACUCAGAAAUCAUGAAUAACGCAUUUGAUUUGAAGUUAUUUAAUUUGGAUGUUUUAAUAUAAUUGUUUUCACGAGAUGAAGCUGAAUCAUGACCCACACCCUAAUUUCACUUGACAAACGGCCGCCUCGUCCUUAUGUUCUGUUCUAUCAUGGCAUGGGCUGAUCUCAUGCAUCCACCAACACUUUGUCUUUGUUUACUUGUGAUUCUCUUGUUUUUCCGAAGUCAUCCCUCCUGCACCCACUGACACCCCACAUGCUUAGAUCCAUCCCCACCUACACACAAACCUGACGCCGGCCACCCAGAUGAAAAUCCAUGUGAACCUCUAGUUUUGUUUUGUUUAUCAGUGGUUAUUUGAUGGUCGAAUUAGCUUCCAGCAACUCCGAUAUGAGAGAAGCAGGGGUUUAAGAAGUGGGAAAAAAAACCAAGCCUUUUUUUUGUACUGUACUUUUACGUUAGUUUUCUUUUUUUUCUUUUUGUUGUAUUAGUUUGUCUUUGUUUCAUCCUCUAUCCUCCAUGGUUGGAAGUGAAUCACGGUCAAACAAGUGGACCAAAUCUCUUGAAAGCAUUUAAUAAACGGAGUGUUUUAGAAAAA